UGAGCACUUGAACCACUACCUGCCUCUGGGCAUCUGAUUCCAAGCUCACUAGCUCUGAAGAAUCUCCUUUACGUCGCAGUCCAACGCCCACCACCAAUAGUCCUCUGCAUUGCAUGCAUGAUAUAUAGGAAUCAAAAGCUAUGCGGCCGGAUUGGUGAUAGAUAGAUAGAUAUAACCAAAGGCUCUCUCCUUGCGUCUGAAGAUUGGUUGGUUCAUAGUUAGCAUAAAGAAGCAUUAUUCUCAUUCUCAAGAAGCAAGCAGCUACACGCGCGCUACAUAGGCACCAGACUCUGAGAGAGCAGAGCGCGCGCGAGAGAGAGAGGCCGUGCACGGUGCACCUCGUCCAUCCUCGUCGCCAUGGGGAGGUCCUCUUCCACGGAGAAGCUGGUGUGCUUCGUGCUGGCGGUCCUGGCCGUGCUGUCCCCGCUGUACAUCGACCGGCGGCCCGCGGCGGAGCGCGAGGAGGAUGAGGACGAGGACGGCGGCCCGUCGGCGCUGUGGCUGCCGGCGGUACUCGUCGCGCUCAUCGCGGCCAUCAACGUCACGUGCUUCAUGGACCGGCGCGUCGUCAGGUUCGACCCCUACUGGAUCCACCGCGUGUGGGGGUCCUCCGGCGGCCUCCUGGCCAUGCUGCUGCUCCUCGGCUUCGUGCUCAGGUGCAAGGCGUCGUCCCUGCUGCAGUAUACCAGCACCUAGCUAUACCUCGAUGCCUCGGUCGGUCGUCGUCGUCGUGGGGCUUUUUCUUUGGAUCGGAGAGGAUGCGGGCGUCAGGAUCAGUCACUGCGUGUUUUGUCACACAAAUGUGUACGGUACCCGUGAUGAUGUAGCGGUCUCGGGCUCUCUGCGCAUGUGAAUUCUCUUUGUGCAGGCUCUGCGCAUGUGAAUUAGCUUCAGACACGGUGCCUUCUCGCGAAUUAUGCUUCUGGCUGGUUCAGUUCCAACUCUCCGCUCUUGGCAAAUCCGUAAUCCGCGAGGUUGAUAUUUAUCUUUGCUGCUAUUGCUCUGUGUGGUAGUAGUACUAUGUUACUAAUAUCAUACAGCUGCAAAACGAACUAGCAAAGUAGCGAUAGUGUUAGCAACUGUGCCAAAAAUUAAGACUAAUUUACUGGCAUCAGAAAACAAAGUUAUCUAUGACAA